GCGGAGGCGUCCGGGGGCUGCAGUGCGUUCUCCGUACUAGCCUCCGCCCGGCCAAGCGGUGUGUCACGGCAGGCGACCCCUCCGUAGAGAGGAGAUCACCAUCAUCAUAGCCGCCGCCACCACCACCAUCUUGCUUCCCGCUCCUGUUCACCUUGUAAAGCCGCACUGGGGCUGCCCAGCACUCACCCUGUGAGGCGGAGAGAUAGAAGAGACUCCCACCAGGGGGCGCUGCUCGGCGCUCCCGCCGGUUUCCGAGGAAGUGGUAACGCGCGGGACGUGGGGAGCUGGGACUGCCGAAAUGAUGGCGGAUGAUUUAGACAAAUUUAUUGAAGAUCAGAAGGCCAAGUUGGCACAAGAUAAGGCAGAACUUGAAAAUAAUCCACCGUACAUGGAAAUGAGGAAUAAGGAAUCAGAGAAGCUUUCUGAGACUAGCAAAAUGUUAAUAUCCAUGGCUAAAGAAAAUAUACCUCCAAAUAGUCAACAGAACUAUUCUUUAGGUGACUAUGGCUUGAGUUUACCUCUUGGAGAAGAAUAUGAACGAAAAAAACAUAAACUGAAAGAGGAACUCCGGCAAGAUUAUAGGCGAUACCUUUCUCAGGGUAUUUCACAGGCAAAAAGAAAGAAAAAUUACCAGACUACUGGUGAAGUAGAUCCAUAUACUCAGGGAUUAUCUCUUCCUAUUGAUGAGCGAAAAUCUGCAAAGGAGAAACUACGGCUUGAAAGAAACAAGGAGUACAAUCAAUACCUCAGGGAUAAAGAAUUGUGGAACGAAAGGCUAAGGAAAUUGGGGAAGAAAAACACAGAGCAGAAUGAGAUGGACAGGAAUAAAAAACCUGUUGCUGUUACAAAGCUUCAGCCAGAACUACAUACGGAAGUACAGCCCUUUAAUACAAGGGCAGAACCUCCCAGGAAGGAUGCCUUUACUUCUACAGAAGGUUAUGAAGAGUUGCUAAAUAAGAGAUGGCUGGAGGAAGACAGAUAUCAUAGGUUAGAUGAUGACAUUGAAUUAAGAAAUCGAUUAUUAAAUAAAAGACUUGAUGAAGAUUUGGAUGUUCCCAGUCGAAGACAUCAUGGAUUUGCUACCCAAUCCAUAAUUCCUAUUAGGAAGCAUCACAGACUUGAUGAAGAUCGCAGUUUUGGCAGAAGAUACUACAGAUCAGACUAUGAUCCUGAGAUAAGUGAAGGGACGGACCCUAGAUUUAGAUCUGAAAGUGCUUAUGACAGAAAAACUCCUCGUUUUUUUCAUGCUGAAAGGCCCUCUCUGGAUGGAAUAGUAAGAGAUCCACCUGCAGAUUAUGAAGAUGAGUUAAAGGAGAGAGCACCUGUGCAGCAGCCCUCAAGAACUGGAAAUUCUAGGAGUCAGGUGCAGAUAAGUUCUUCAGCUAUUGAACAGGCCAAGUCUGCAGCUGAAGUGCCAUAUACAACAGGCCGUGUUCUUGGUGGUCAGGAUCGAGAACUACUCCAAAGGAAAAAAGAGAAAUACAGGCAGGAACUAAUAGAACAGAUGGCUGAGCAACAGCGAAAUAAGAGACGUGAGAAGGAACUUGAGCUCUCAGUUGCUGCUUCUGGAGCUCAAGAUCCAGAAAAGGAGCUAAGUGAUGAGGAGCCAAAUAGAUUGAAGCAGCUUGGCUUGACAGCAAGAGCUUCUGAAGAGAAAGUACCUCCUGAAAAGCCUAGGGUGGCUUUCCAAACACCGGUGCCUUCAGCCUCUCCAUUGAAUGAAGACUUUCACAGAGGAAUAGCCAGCACUCUUGGUGACAUAGCAGCUCCCAGGCUUGCACCGAUGCCACCACCUCCUCCACCAGUGUUGACAGACAACUACAGAACGCCUUAUGAUGAUGCAUAUUACUUUUAUGGGGUUAGGAAUCCUUUGGAUCCCUAUCUUGCAUAUUAUGGCACAGGUAUGGGCCAUUUACAGAUGGGAAUGCAACCCACACCUAAUCUGGAUCCUUCUUUAAGUCAAGCCCCAGUGGAGCAACCUGUAAAUAGCAUUGGACAGAGGAAUUCAGGAGAUGGACAAUUAAGCACAGGAGUAUUUUCUGAAGGAAAAACAAAGCCUUCCAAAGAGGCAACAUUAUCUUACCAACAAGAAUUACAACAGCAGAUAAGAGAGAGGGAGGAACGACGCAGACAAGAGAAGGAGGAGAAGGAACGCUAUGAAGCCAAGUUAGAAGAAGAAAUGAGGAAUUACAACCCCUGGGGAAAAUGUGGUGGUGGUGCCCCUCUCAGAGAUCCAAAAGGAAAUCUGAUAACAGACCUGAAUAUGAUGCACAAGCAAAAUGAGGAUGCGUAUCAUAAUCCAGAGGCAAGACUAUAUGAAGAUAAAAGGGCUAAUGUAUCUGUUGACCUAAGUUUGGCCUCCCCAAGACCUGAGAACACAGAAGCAUCUACAAAUAAAAUAGCAGGUUUUGAAUUUGCACAGACCUCUCCUUUUGCUCGAGGUAAUGUGUUCGGUGAACCACCAUCUCCACGGCAUCUUAAGCAACAGGAGUCGUACAAGAACUUUCUUCGCCUACAGAUUGAAGAAAAGAGACGUAGGGAAGAAGCAGAGCGAGAAAGACUAAGACUGGAAGAAGAAAAAGAAGAAAAACAGCUAGCAGAACAGAGGAUGAGACUCCGAAAGGCAUAUGAAGAGGAACAAGAAAAGGAAAGAAGGAAAGAGGAGGAGCGAAAAUUGAAAAAUAAAGAAAUAAUUCGAUUAAAUGAAGAGAGGCAAAAAGAGGCAGAACAAAGAAGAAAAGAAAAAGAACAAAAGCAAAAUGAACAACUUAGACAACAUAUUGAGAAAGAAAAGAUGGAAGAGGAAAAGAAUAUGAUUUCAAGGCAGCCUUCUCCUAUUGUUCCUGCUCUUCAGAACAAAUUAAUCAGAAAAGAAGAAAGGAUUCCCUCUGCUGAGAGCUAUACAUCUUACUAUGCACAAGAUCCUCCAAAACCAAGGGCUCCUUCUCCACCUGUCCCCGCUAGAAGAAAUCAGUUGCGUGCGUUUGAGGAAAGAAGGAAUAUGAUAAAUGAGUUAUCUGAGAUGAGAAAACAGCUUCGUAAUGAAGAGAGGCGGCUGCAGGAACAGUUGCUAAAUGUGGCCAGCGAUGAUGAUAAUGUACCGAUUAAACGAAACUUUUCAAGUGGGAGGAGAGAGAAGAAUCAAAAGGACAUAUUUGAGAUGGCCAGGCUUCGUGUGCAGGCUCCAGUAAGGCGACUUUCCUCAAAGGAGGCACAAGAUCCUGUCAAUAUACAGAAUAUCCGUGAAUUUAAUGAACUUAAACACAAAGAUUCUGAAACGCGUAUGGCCUUGAGGCACAUGUAUCCUGAUCCUCCUAAAGAUGACCAGACUCUAGAGAUUCAACAGCAGGCACUGUUGAGGGAGCAGCAGAAGAAACUUGACAGAAUGAGAACAAGGAGAGAAACAGGAUAUGAUUCUGCUUUUGGUGGCAACCCACAAACCAUGAGAAUGUUCAGGAAUGAAUCUGAUGGAUUCUUCAAAAAUUCACUGUUGGAGUCGGAUAGCGCUUUUAUUGGUGCUAACGGGGAAACAUUUUCGGCCUUAGAAGAAGUUAAUUCAUCACCGCAGCUUCGACCUUCUGCAAGGGAGAGGAGACGAAUGAAGCAGAAAGCUUUGGAGUGUGCUGAGGAUAUUCCACGGGGUCAGACACCAUUGCUGCAUCCUGACAGCUCUUCUUUGCACUCAAGUUUCAGCCUUGAUAUUGAUCAGUUGAAAGGCAAGAAUGAAGAACGAUUGCACAGACUGACAGAGCUGCAGCAGAAAUCUGCUUGCUUAGGUGAUAACCUUUCCCUGGGGGAAGCAGAGGACCUGUUCAAGCCUUCUCCAUCCAACACUGGCAGGCGGCCCAGUUCUGUUGACACAGUUGCAACAGAGCCCUGGCUGCGACCAGGAACUUCGGAGACGCUCCAGAGGCUCAUGGCGGAUGAGUCAAGCCCAGCAAAGCUUUCACCUGAGGCCGCACUACCGCUGAGCUGGCAGGGGCUGUCCACUGCACACGGCUGACCCAGCCCCCCCCCAACUGCUGUGCCUUGUGCAGGCAGGGGCCAUGCUGCACUACUGCACUUUCCAGGGCUGCCGAGCCCUCCUCCAGGGAUGUAGUGUGGAGCUGUAGGUAGGAUUUUAGAUAGCAAUAACAAGGUAACAGAAGCUGCAGUGCAGUGGAGAUGGAGGGCAGGGAUGUUUUGUAUUGUAUGAUGUGUGGAGGAGUAGUUUAGUGGUUUUGCACUUUUUAAAUGAAUUUCAGCCUCAGAGCUGGACUUACCACAAGAAGCUGUGUGUGUGUGUGUGUGUGAAUUUAAUAUUAAAGUAAAUUUUUAGCUUUGUUUAUAGUUGAACUCUAAGCCAGUUUGGAAAUAGAGUAACUCAGCAGCUGAGGCGCAUUUUAAGCUUUCACCAAAACACUAAGUAACUUGGGGAAAGGCACUUGCUUUUCAUACAGUCGGAAGUGCUGACCUGCAUGAAAGCUCAACUGUGUCAUGGACUAUUAGCAAUGUAUCUUAUUCCCUAACCUGUUAUGUGCUGGAAAUACAGAUAGUGUUGCAUAUAUUUAAUUUAUGGUUCUGAUUUAAGAGUUAAUAAAUUAUUUUGUUACUAAAAGUGUGAAAG